GUUUUCCGGUAAAAUUAACGACUGUCCGACGGUCAAAUUGAGACUUAUAGUCGUUCCGCAUGAGGGCCUGCCGCCGGAAACUGCUGGACGCUGCUCCCGGAGAAAACCGCCGCGGCCGCCGGAUUUGGCACCGGAGGAACCGGGUGCCCGGAGUGCGGAUUCCGUUGCACUGAUUCGUGCGCGGUGUGAUGUAAGAUGAUGUAAAUACGGAUUAUUACUUGUGAUAAAUUACUUUAUUGUUAAGAAUCUUUAGGAACAAAUAUGUCAAUUUUGGACCAAACCAGAACUACAUUACCACAUAUCCCCGGCCUACCGCCUCCUCCAGGCUUGAUGGCACCCCACGCAUCAGAUGGUCCACCAAAUUCCGAAGUACUACUAGCACUGCUGGCCAGAAACAAAACACUAGAAGCUACUAUACCAAAAUGCGGUGGCUGUCACGAACUGAUCCUUGACCGAUUCAUCCUGAAAGUAGCGGACAGGACGUGGCAUGCCAAAUGCCUACAAUGCACCGAAUGUAGAGUACAACUAACCGACAAAUGUUUUGCAAGAAACGGACAAUUAUUUUGCAAAGACGAUUUUUUUAAUGGGUGCAGGCGUUUCGGCACCAAGUGCGCAGGUUGCGAGCUGGGCAUCCCCCCGACGCAGGUGGUGCGCAGGGCGCAGGACAACGUCUACCAUCUCCAGUGUUUCGCGUGUGUAAUGUGCGCUAGGCAGCUCAACACCGGCGACGAGUUCUACCUAAUGGAGGACAGGAAGUUGGUGUGCAAACCGGACUACGAGACGGCCAAAUCUAAAGCUGCUGAGUGUUUGGACGGUGACCAGCCCAACAAACGACCAAGGACGACCAUCACAGCCAAACAACUGGAAACACUGAAAACGGCGUAUAACAACAGUCCGAAACCAGCAAGGCACGUCAGGGAACAAUUGAGCCAAGACACGGGAUUGGAUAUGAGGGUAGUCCAAGUUUGGUUUCAGAACAGGAGAGCGAAAGAAAAAAGACUAAAGAAAGACGCAGGCAGGACGAGAUGGAGCCAGUACUUCAGAUCGAUGAAGGGUGGAUCGUCGCCCAGACAUGACAAACUCUUGGAUAAAGACGACAUGAAAGUGGAUUUGGAUAGUUUCAGCCACCACGAUUUGAGUGAUGAUAGUUAUGGUACUGUGGUGAAUAUGUCCAUGGAUCAAGAUGGUUCGUCUCCUCACAGCGGUAUUGGAAGACCUAUGUUCCUUCAUGGAGCUACAUCUCCGUCAUACUUACCAGGUCAUACGCCGCCCCAUGGGCCAGAGCACAUGGGAUAUCCUGAUCAGCUAGCGGUUUAUUCUAGUUUAGCUGGCCAAGGUCCUCCUCCCGGCCUGAUGCACGGCAUGCCCCCGGGAGCCCCCGAUUCCGAGAUCAGCAACGACAGCAGUCCCAGGGGAUACCCCGAUUUCCCUCCCAGUCCCGAUUCCUGGCUGGGGGAACCGUCCAGCGCUCAUUACUGACCCCCCUACAAGCUGCCCCCGCCAGCUACAUCGACGACGUUUUUCCAAAAGCUCGAAGAUUCCGUAAGGACUAAUUUGAAACUUGUCGGAACUUAUAGGAACGGUGCGUUGUUGUGAGGAGAAGAGAAUGUUAGGUGGAAAGUUGAAGGAACGCUCCAGUUAAGUCGAAUUAAUGAAGAUUUUGACGUUUAAAUUGCGCAAAUGUUGUAUGUAGAACUCAUCAGUAGCGGUCAUAUUGCCCACUUUGUUGCACACCGUUGCCCACUUUUACAUAUUUUGUUUUAAUCAAAAUAUUUUAGGAAACAAAAAUAAAUUAAUUAUAAAUAUAC